AUGUUUAGUUUCCUCUUCAAUAGAGUCCCAAUAGGGACAACUUUUAGAAGAGAUUCAACUGCACAGCUGGGUUUUCUUCUGCAAAACCCUUCAUCUCUCAAAUACAUCUCCUCAAAAGCCUUAAGAAAUCAGAACCCUUUCGUGGUCUCUUACCUCAUCCGCUCAUGUGGGUUCUCACCAGCAGCUGCCAUCUCUGCAUCCAAGAAAGUUGAUUUUGAAUCCUCGGAUAAACCCGACUCGGUUCUUGCCCUCUUUAGAAACCAUGGAUUCACAGAAGCCCAGAUUUCCAGUAUCAUUAGAAAGUGUCCAUUAUUGCUCGUUACCAGUCCUACAAAGAACCUUCUCCCUAAACUUGAGUUCUUCCUUUCGAUGGGCGUUCCGAGCCCUGACAUUGCCAAAAUCCUCUCCAAAGAUCCAAAUUUUAUGCGCUCUAGCUUAGAAAAUAAAAUCAUCCCUGCUUUUAAUUUCUUCAAGAGUUCAGUAGGGACUGUAGAGAAAUUUGUGAUUUGUCUAAGCUGGGCAACUCGUUUCAUCAGGUUUGAUAUACAGAAAAUGGCUCGAAAUAUUGCAAUCUUGAGAGAAAAUGGAGUACCGGAGUCUAAUAUCGUGAGUAUACUAACCUACCGUCCCGGCACUGUGACACCUAAAAAUGACCGGUUCAAACAGAUAGUUGAGGAGAUUAAGCAAAUGGGUUUCGACCUCUCAAAAUCUUUUUUUGUAACUACUCUCCAUGUGUUAACAUCAGUGAAAAAAUCAACAUGGGAGCAGAAGUUGGAGGCUUAUCGAAAGUGGGGUUUUUCUGAGAAUGAGAUUCUCAUGGUAUUUAGGAGGUACCCUUGGAUUAUGAUUAUUUCUGAGAAGAAGAUAAUGAGCCAUAUGGAUUUCUUUGUUAACAAAAUGGGUUGGGAACGAGCUGUUCUCAUUUCGUACCCGCAACUUCUUGGGCAUAGCUUGGAGAAGAGGAUUCUUCCAAGGUGUUCAGUUUACAAGUACUGA